AUGGAGGAGAUCAUGAAGAAGCGCCAGAAGGCCCUGGAUGAGGCCUAUGAGGCACAGUGGGAUGGUGGUCGGGGAUCGCACCACCCAGAUUACGACCCGGAGGCCACCGGGGAGGGCGUGGUCAAGGCCUCCCGGGAGACCGAGGAGCUGUACAACGCCAUCGUGAAGAACGACAUCAAGACCGUGUACAAGAAGAUCGAGGAGGGUGCGGAUGUUAAUUUCCUCUUUGGCCGAGCCUACAAGUGCCCUGAGGGGUACACCCCUCUGAUGGUGGCAGCCCACAGGGGGCGCCUGGAGUGUGCCAAGGCGCUGCUGCGUGCCGGCGCCGACCCCAACUUUGUCAAUAAUGGCGGCGACCUGACCCUGUUCUGGGCCCUGGACGGCGGCGUGGAGAUCACCAAGCUGCUGCAUGACUAUGGCGCGGAUCUGGAUGCCGUGUCGCCCAAGGAUUGGACCCCUCUCUCGUACGCAAAGGCCAAAGGAAAGUACGGCGCCACCGAGGAGAAGGGCAUCUACCCCGAGGAUGUGCUGAAGUUUUAUGGGGCUACGAAGUAUGGCUCUGGGCCACCAGCUCUGGGCGAUCGAUCGCCUCGGGAGUCGUACAACCCCCGUGGAGAGGGCUUCCUGCGUGAGAGGGGCAGCUACCAAACCCCCCAGGAGCACCCUUGA